GCUGCGAUCCGCAGUCGUAUUUUCAUUGAGAAUAAACAUGGAUGUCGUGCUGGUGUUGAGAUUAUUUGUAAUUUGUGUUCUAUGUCUAGCCUUAUCUCAGAGUGCAACUGCCAAUUGUGGGCGCCGGAAGUUGAAGCUACAGCAGCUAGUAACCCAUGGAUACACAACAAAUCCAGGAGAGUACCCGUGGCACGCCGCACUCUUCAUGACGACCGGAUUCAAAAAGUCAUACAUUUGUGGCGGAACGUUGGUUAAUGAGUUGAGCAUUAUAACGGCGGGACAUUGUGUGAUCGAUUCCGCCACAGGAUCAGUGCUUUCGCCCGCUACUGUUUACGUCCAGUUGGGAAAGUUUAAGCUGAAUUUGUACUCCAAUACGGUGCAGGAACACGCCGUUCAGCAGAUCAUUUUGCACCAAAAUUUUCAGAUAGAGACGAGCAAAUACGACAUAGCCGUGCUGAAAUUGGCAACCCAAGUGAAGUUCACCGAUUACGUGCAACCAAUUUGUGUGUUUCCCCAGCCUAAUAUACAUUAUAGCGAGAACACCGUUAAAGGAGUGGUCGUUGGAUGGGGAUACACAGAGUUCGAUACAUUAUCGGAUGCCUUACGGGGGACAACAAUUCCCCUGAUAAGUCACACCAAGUGUUUGGAGAGUAAUCCGGAUCUGUUCGAUAGGACGCUGUACGAUGGCAUGUUUUGCGCAGGAUACACGAACGGAACAAACGUCUGCAAUGGCGACAGCGGUGGAGGAUUGUUCUACAACCACAAUAACGUGUGGUAUCUGGUUGGUAUCGUAUCGUUCACCGCUGCGCGACAGUCGGACAACAAUCUCUGCAGCACGCAGGAUUAUACCGGAUUCACAAAGAUCGCAGCGUUCGAAGAGUUCAUUGUGAAACACUGUGGCCUUGUAGUUGCGCCUGUUGCCGUCGCUUCUGGAGUUGCUCCUGCCAAAGGUAACAAGCGGCCGAAUAGCGGUGGAGGAGGAGGCGGUGGCGGUGGUGGUAGACGUAAACAUUUCCUGGUGACGGAUUUCGCUUCGGAACAGAAGCUAAACUGGUUCCAAGCUGCUGACUUUUGUCGUUCCGUUGGGCAGCAUCUGGGAGAGAUCAACACGGAUCAGGAGAAUACAAAAGUGAAAGAUAUGAUUUCGAAAGGAGGAGUGGAGAUCGAUAUCAGAGGAGAACCCCGGUUGAAGCAGUAUUGGAUUGGUGCCAAUGAUUUAGGCGUUCGCCGUGUCUUCAGAUGGCAGUUCAGUGGAAAAACUAUCCAAUAUGAAAACUGGCGUCACAACGAGCUACAGAACUCGAACCCCCGUGAGAACUGCGUAGCGGUGUUGGGAAACAAACACGCCUCCUGGAUAGUCGCCAAUUGUAAAGCUAAGAAGCAGGUUGUAUGUGAGACUCACAAAUAAAUGAAAAAUGUUUGUACAAUUGUUUAA